AUGGACUCGCCGCGUCGAAACCGGAAUAGAGCGGCAUGUAGGCGAUGCCAACGAAGAAAGAUCCGCUGUGAUGGGAAUGAGCCAUCAUGUAGUUCCUGCCUGAAGGCAGGGGUAUCAUGUGUGAAUGAUGGAAAACAGGAGGUCACGCGGAGAUACAUCUCGAACAUGGAGAAUCGGAUCCGAUGGCUCGAGUCGAUUGUCAAGGAAAACUGCGCCAAUGUGGAUUUAGGACUUGAACCUCGCAAUAACGACCCAGAGAACGCAGUAGAUCAUGAUAGCACGAUACUCUCUGUCGAUAUACAGCAUGAAGAUGAUCCGACCACUAAUGUGCACCAAUCCUCUCGGGAGUUUCGAAGAGAGGCUCCAGCCGUUGCACGCAAUGAAGAGAAUACUUUCGAUUCACUGUCCAACCAGCAUCCACAACCUCAUGUGCAGGGAAACAAUUCUGGGCAUCAACCGGCGCAUGAGAUUGGACUGGUGUCAUUGUCCUCUGGUGAAGGUCCUCGAUACAUUGGGCCAUCCAGCGGGUACUUCUUUGCGAACCGUAUAUUCUCCAGCGCUGGGCGGCGACCUAAAGCCAGAGGCGUGAAAAAGGCCACGGCAGAGUCAACUAGUCUUUCAACUGAACUACUGAGUAACCUUACCCUGCUGCCUACUCGAAAAGAAAGCGCCAUGGAACUGUCACGGAAAUACUUCCGAACGGUACAUCUUAUCUACCCGUUCCUGCAUGAGCCAACCCACAUGUCUGUGAUUGAGCGGGUAUAUGCAUCCCACACCGAGAACCCCCUGGACUUGUUUCAGGUUUACAUGGUGCUAUCCAUCUCAGCCCUGUAUUUAUCUCGUGAAUGUAAGGUGCAUCUUCCCGUGGAGGGAUACUAUGCGUCAGCCAUGAAGUAUGUCGAGCAGGUCUGCUCAUAUGGCUCGGUAACUGCUCUGCAAUGCAUGCUACUUCUUAUGGUUUAUGCGUUGCAUAACCCCUCUACUAAUGUCAACAUAUGGAACCUCAACUAUCAGUGUCUUGCUAGUGUGAUAGAUCUAGGGUUACAACGCGACGUCCGCACAUCUCCUUCUCUAGGAAUAUCAUUGCUUGAUCAGGAGAUACGGACCCGUAUCUUUUGGGUGGUAUAUACGCUCGAUAGAGCUAUUUGUACCAUGAUGGGGCGUCCAAUAGGUAUCAGAGAUGAGGCUUGUGAGAUGAGGUUUCCGCUGGACAUACCAGACACGGGCCUUGUCAAUCCUGACCCCAACCGCAACGAACCACAGGAGUCACCGUCACACAUGUCGCAUUCGAUUCAUCUCUUCAAAUUAGCCAAGAUGAACUCAGAGAUAAAAUAUGUCAUGCACAGCAUUCAACGUGACGUACCGAGCUAUGCCUAUCCCCCGGUGCGGGAUAUCUUCAUGUGGCAGCGUGAUAUGAUAAAAUCACUCAAAGAUUGGAGAUCGACAAUCCCGCAAGAAUCAACUAGUGGAGGAGAUGUGAUGAUCAAGCUUUGUAAGACCAGAUAUCACGAAACAAUGGUAUUACUCCUGCGACCAAGCCCGGCAAUUCCGAACCCGUCGGAGGAGAUGCUCGAUCUUUGCUUCCACCAGGCUGUCGAUCUUCUGCAAACGUUUGGCGAUAUAUACAGAACAGGAAGCCUGCUGUACAGCCGACUCCUUGUUCACUCUGUAUUCCUUGGGGCGCUUGUAUUACUCUACUGUAUCUGGAAACUACCGAGAACUACGACGAAGGUGCGCGUCGAUGAACUCAUGUCGAGUCUCACCAUGGCACAGAACAUACUUAGUAGCAUCGGGGAGCACUGGAGCGAGGCUACUCGGGCGCGGGAUUGCAUUGACGAUCUAUCCCGUGUGACAAUAGAACGGCUUCUGAGAACCCAAUCGACUAUCGGAUUGCACACUGAAGCCGAUAGAACGCAGUCACGAUCUGGAGGCAUGCAGAGCUCAUCAUCUGCGCACAACCAUCAAUUGGCAGAAUAUAAUGGCAUUCCCGAGGGGUACGGCAACUCUGAUCAAAUCCCCGGAGCAUUAGCUCUUCCUCAGGAAUACCCCCCGGAAGAUACUUCCUACCACUUCAAUCUGUUUGAUGAUCUCCUGCAGGGCGACUUUCAAGGCUGGAGCGGAAUGCCCGACAUUGAUGGGCUGAUGUGGGAGGUCUUCAACAGCUCACCACAGUGA